AUGGAACGACAGACCAAACUCGCCCAUCUCAAGCUCGUAUCAAAGUAUUACGGCUACGCAAACUUCUCAUAUCCCCGACCAGACGGCACUCCAAGUCGCAACCCCUACCGAAGAGCCGGGCAGACGUACUCGUCAGAGGAUCUCAGCCAGGAAGAGUACGACGAACCGUCCUGUCCCCAAACACCCACCCGUCGAGACCGCUCAUCUAUCGGCUCGCAAAGCUCAGACGGGUCCUCUGCACCCAGCCUCAUCGACGACCGGACCGAUUCGGAAGUCUCACUCGACGACGACUACCAGUACCACGCCUCCGCAUCACAGCUGUGGGACUCGUUCUGGCCUGCCGAGGAAGACCCAAGUCGGAAAACACCAGAGACGUCUAAGACGCAGUAUCCUGCUUUGAUUCCUUCACCACAUAUCCGCCGAGCAAAGAAGACGGGCUGCAUUAACUACGAAGACUACCCGUUACCUCCCCGGCCUGUUGAAUACAACAUCAAAGUCAACAACCCAGCCACUCCUCCUAAAGAUAACCUCAUGACAUCCCCCCAGCCACCACCCAAGAGCUUCUUCGACUUCGACUCGGACUCUGAUUCAGAUGAUCCGGAGCCGGAGCACACGAUCUCCCGAUUCGUGAAGACGCUCCACAAGCGGACGGCCAGUGAGGCGAGGCGAAGCACCAAAGGCGCUGCUUUCGCGGAUGCCCAGCUGCGCCGUGCCCGCGCAGACACGGCGGAGACAAUCCGGGAACCCGAGGGACAGCAGCUCUUCAUCGAGAGGCAUAAGAGAGGCUUCGGCCGCAUGUUUCGGGGCAGAUCUCACGGGAACUGA